UCAACCGAGGUCCAGGAUUGCAGGAGCCUACUUAGUCGAGUACUAAAUGUUCCUGAGUAUUCCGGUCGUGUGAGGGGUAAGGGUUUUGGUGUGACUCCGUCGUCAUUUUAUAAAAAACCAAAAACAAAAAAUCCUACCAACAAAGAGGUGAUGGAGACCUUGGCGGAGUUAAGGGCACAAGUACUCGAACUGCAAAAGGAGAAUGCAAGGUAUAGAGAGGAAAGGCGCGGUUCCGAGGCAAAAGAUACUAGUGACCGAGCUAGUAUCAAUUGUCAACCGAAAUUUCCCGAGGGCAUUACACCUUGUCAGUUGUAUCUAUCGUCACCAACUUAUCGCAUAGUUGGCAAGGGAAAAGUGCACAACACUUCGGGUGAAUUACUUCACCAUAAUCCCCUCCCGAUGGGAUAUAUGAAAGUUUCGGUUGACCUUGUAUUAGAUACGGACGCGCUUCUACCAUUACCUGACGUUGUUUCAGAGACAACGUUGAUGCGAGAUGCAGUCGGAUCCUUUGUUGGAUGGCCGUCAGAUCUAAUUUUCCCAGAUUUCAGCUACAAUUAUGAUAUUUAA